AUGGCUGCCCCCACGGUGAAGGUUGCGCGAGGGUGGUGGGGCUUGGCUUUCGGCGUGCGGAGGACUGUCCUGCGGCUUCCAGGGCUAACCCAAGUGAGGUGGAGCCGCUAUGGCCCUGAAUACCAGGAUCCUCAGAUUGACAAGGAAUAUUACCGCAAGCCCUUGGCCCAGCUGACUGAGGAGGAGACGUAUGAGCGGGAGCUCAGGAAGACUCAGGUUAUCAAAGCUGCCCCAGCCACGAAAACAAGCUCCGUGUUUGAAGACCCAGUGAUCAGUAAAUUCACCAACAUGAUGAUGAAAGGAGGAAACAAAGUACUGGCCAGAUCCCUCAUGACACAGACCCUGGAAGCUGUGAAAAGGAAGCAGUUUGAGAAGUACCAUGCUGCUUCUGCAGAGGAACAGGCGACCAUCGAACGCAACCCUUACACCAUCUUCCAUCAAGCACUGAAAAACUGUGAGCCUGUGAUUGGGCUGGUACCCAUCCUCAAGGGGGGCCAUUUCUACCAGGUCCCCGUGCCGCUGGCUGACCGGCGUCGCCGCUUCCUGGCCAUGAAGUGGAUGAUCGCUGAGUGUAGGGAGAAGAAGCCCCGGCGGAUGCUGAUGCCGGAGAAGCUGUCUCAGGAGCUGCUGGAGGCCUUCUACAGCCGGGGCCCUGUGAUCAAGAGAAAGCACGACAUGCACAAGAUGGCCGAGGCCAACCGCGCGCUGGCCCACUACCGCUGGUGGUAG